AUGACAGACUUUUGGUUGAUUUCUGUCCCACUGGACAAGACCAGUUUAACCAGUGUAGAGAAACUCAAGCGCACCGUUGCCAAAACCAACCUGGCCUCCUGCUGCAAGUUCUCCAUUCCAGAUCUCAAGGUGGGAAUACUGGACAGUCUGCUUAGUGUGUCAGAUGAUCUCUCCAAGCUCGACACGCUGACGGAAAGUGUGAUCAAAAAAACAUGUCAGUGUAUGAGGGAGGUGAUGGAGCAGUCGAGUGACAAAGUGCUGGAAAACGCCUUAGCCAAUGGAGACCACAGCACGAAUCAGAGAGCCGCCCUGUUGCCCCUGAAAGCUUACCUCAAGUCUCUGAGGGUGGACCUGAUGAGCUACGUAACCAAGUUUCAGUGGGACAAAGCCAAGUACCCCACAGCUCUGCCUCUCUCCAGCCUGGCAGACAUCAUCAGCAAGGAAGUUUCCCAGGUGGAGACAGAAUUAAAAUCCCGUGCUGCAGCGUACAACAGUGUGAAAGUGAGCCUGCAGAGCCUUGAGCACAAACUAGAAGGGAAUUUGCAAACUUGCAGUCUGAAUGACAUUGUGAGGAAAGAGGACCUGGUGGUGUCAGAGUACCUCACCACUCUCCUGGUAGUGGUGACCAGAGGGAGCUACUUGCAGUGGGAGAGGACCUAUGAAUCCCUGUCAGAGUUUGUGGUUCCGCGGUCUAGCAGGAAGCUGCUGGAGGACGGCGAGGGCGGGAUCUUCUCGGUGACGCUGUUCAAAAGAGCUGUGUGUAAAUUCAAAGCCAAAGCGCACGAGAGCAAGUUCAUCGUGCGCGAGUACAGCUUUGAUCUGGAGGAGAAGAAGCAGCAGGAGAUGAAGCAGCUUAGCGUUCACAAAAAGGAGCAGUAUGGAAUCUUUGUACGCUGGCUGAAGGUGAAUUUCAGUCAGGCUUUUAUUGCCUGGGUUCACUUGAAAGCACUGAGGGUGUUUGUGGAGUCAGUCCUCAGGUAUGGACUACCUGUGAAUUAUCAGGCUCUUCUCCUGCAGACUGACACGAAGCACUCAAAGAAGCUGAGAGAAGAACUUUCCUCGCUGUUCAAGCACCUGGACCCCACCGCCAGUAUGACAGAUGUGAGCUGUGACAUCCCAGGACUCUGUCAGCAGGAGUACUUCUCCUACAUCUGUUUCCAUAUCAGCACCAACGUGUUGGAGAUGAGCUAG